AUGGCUUCUCGUCUGGCUAAGAGCGCCAUUGGUGCUGCCCGGCUCCGGCCGACCCUUCCCACCCGCAGUGUCGCUCCCAUCGCUGCCAGCCUGUCCGCAUCUCGUUCGGUGUCCGGCGUCCCCUCCGAGGAUCCCAAGAAGAAGGCACAGUCGAUUGUCGAUGCUCUCCCUGGAAACUCCCUAGUCUCUAAGACCGCCGUCCUCUCCGCCGCCGCCGGUCUCUCCAUUGCCGCCAUCAGCAAUGAGCUCUAUGUCAUGAACGAGGAGACCGUUGCUGCUUUCUGUCUUCUCAGCGUUUUCACCGCCGUGGCCAAGUACGGUGGCCCUGCAUACCGGGAAUGGGCUGAGGGUCAGGUUCAGAAGCACAAGGACAUCUUGAACGCUGCCCGUGACGACCACACCAACGCUGUCCAGCAGCGUAUGAGCAACGUCAAGGAGCUCUCUGGUGUUGUUGACAUCACCAAGCAGCUCUUUGCUGUUUCCAAGGAAACCGCCCAGCUUGAGGCCCAGGCCUACGAGCUCGAGCAGCGUACUGCUCUGGCUGCCGAGGCCAAGCAGGUCCUUGACUCCUGGGUGCGCUACGAGGGCCAGGUCAAGCAGCGCCAGCAGCGUGAGCUUGCCGAGUCCGUUAUUGGCAAGAUCCAGAAGGAGCUCGAGAACCCUAAGGUUCUCCAGCAGAUCCUUCAGCAGAGCAUUGCCGAUGUUGAGCGGAUCAUGUCUUCUUCCAAGGCCCAGUAG